GUUUUUAACAAAAACUAAACCUAGUUUUUUCACGUGUAUUCUGUCUUAGAGUUGUAAUUUUAUUAUCAAAUUUUGAAUUUACAAGUACAACUAGAAAGUCCAGCAAAUGAUGAUCAUCUGGAGAGCGUGUUUCUGCCAGAUUUAGUUUGUACGGGGAGAUUAAGAUUAUAGAUAAUCACACUGAAAGGGGAUUUGGUUGAAAGCUCGGAUAUCCUGCGCACACACACACACACACACGCGCUCACACACAGAGUUCAGUGAGUCCAGAAUGUGGGUGGAGAUGGAGCCAGAACAGUGUGGUUCAGUCAGGUCACUUCAGUCACACUUUCAUCUUUAAUCAGUAUUUCAUUCUCACACACUCACACACACACACACACACACACACAGACAGACAUAAAGCAGGAGUCACUGCUCUGUAAAAAAAGAAAAACACUUGAGCAUCACCUGCUGAAUUUAAUUAAAAUUGAAUCUUCAGUAUCUUUCCUCAAGUGGCCGGUGAGGAUUAACGGGAGUCCACGAGGUCGUCGGCAGCUGUUAAAUUAGGACGUGACACUCAUCUUAAUGAAAAAAUGAAACGUGGAUUAAGUACAUUUGUGAACACGGCCAACAAAGUUAACAUGUUAAACCUUUGAAUGUCCCAAUCAUGUGAGUGUGUUGUGUGUAGGAGUGGGUCAAAUAUCGAUAAUUGUCCAUAAAUAUGCAAAUAUAAGAAUAACCAUCAGCAGAGACAUUAACGGUCAAGUAUAAACCCGAUGUCCCGUGUGCUGCAGUGCACACUAAAUGCCAAAAAAUUAUCAAUUGUGUAUGCAGAAGACUUCCAGCAUGAUUUAAACUAAACAUGUGCAGUUAUUAUAAAUGAGUAAGUAAUGAUUUAUCUGAGAUUAUAAUUCAGCCAGCUUCUACCAGGGACUGUCUGCAUGCAUGCGUGCCUCCUCCUCCUCCUCUCUCCUCUCUCUAUGAAUCUAGAUCUGCACUUCAGAUACACUCAAUGUGUGCAAUGUACCUUUUUCAAGGCUCGUUGUGUGGUUUUAUGUGUUGUUGCAUAUUUUACAGCAUUAGGAUCUUUGGGAAAUUAUGACCACAGCAACAGGUCAAUGACGUUGCAAGGAGCAAGCAACGCGGAGAAGUUUGACUAUGUCAUGAACUUCAUGAACAAACUGGCAGGAAACGAGUACGUGGGCUUCAGCAACGCCACUUUCCAGUCCGAGCGCGAGUCCGGAGACAGAAACUUUGCCAUCGGCUACUACCUGAAGGAGAAGAAGUGUUUCCCAGAGGGAACGGACAUGACCUCCAUCCUCGACUUCUACUUCCAGCUGUGCUCCAUCGAGGUGACCUGUGAGAGCGCCAGUGUCAUGGCCGCAACUCUGGCCAACGGAGGCUUCUGCCCAAUCACAGGCGAGCGCGUGCUGAGCCCCGAGGCGGUGCGAAACACCCUGAGCCUCAUGCACUCCUGCGGCAUGUACGACUUCUCCGGACAGUUUGCUUUUCACGUCGGUCUACCUGCAAAGUCUGGAGUCGCCGGUGGUAUUUUACUGGUCGUGCCAAACGUGAUGGGCAUCAUGUGUUGGUCUCCUCCUCUGGACAAGCUGGGCAACAGUGUCAGAGGGAUCCAGUUCUGCACGGAUCUGGUUUCGCACUUCAACUUUCACAACUACGACAAUCUGAGGCACUUUGCUAAGAAACACGAUCCUCGCAGGGAAGGCGGAGACCAGAGGGUGAAGUCGGUGAUCAACCUGCUGUUUGCUGCGUACACUGGAGACGUUUCCGCUUUGAGAAGGUUUGCUUUGUCCUCCAUGGACAUGGAGCAGAGGGACUACGACUCUAGGACGGCGCUGCAUGUGGCGGCUGCUGAAGGGCACGCUGAGGUGGUUCGCUUCCUGCUGGAGGCCUGUAAAGUCAACCCUGUUCCCAAAGACAGGUGGGGGAACACGCCGAUGGACGAGGCCGUCCACUUCGGCCACCACGACGUGGUGACCAUCCUCCGCGAUUACCACAACCAGUACAGUCCUCAGGAGAACCCCACAGACAAGCAGAACGCGGAGAAGAACCUGGAUGGUAUGCUCUGAAAAGAAAAGUGAGGAAAUGUAGUGUUGAAGUCAAGUCUAGACGGCGAGAAAGGAAAACAACAAACAGGACAGGAAAACGGUUAAAAGCAUUAAAACAGCUGUACAGCAAAGAAAUCUCUAUAAAUGCUCCUUAAACACAAAGAAGCCUAUGUGUUUAAAGCUCCUCCUGGUGUUGUUAGUGGAUGUUGUUAGUUUCUGUAUUAUAUUCCUGUACGUACCAUGAGUGGGGGAAGUGUUCUCUUCUCAUUUCUCCUUCUGUAUUUUGUCGUCAGUUUUGUAGACUUCAGUUGAUGGACUCAUCAUCAUCACCACCACCACACUGUGGUGUGUGUGUGUGUGUGUGUGUGUGUGUGUGUGUAUGUAUGUAUGUAUGUGUAUCCCACUCCUCCUCCUCCUCCAAACACUUUGCAGUGUUUCUUACACGUGCAUUGUAUUUAUUUAUCUAUUUAAGAUAAACUGUACAUUAUUGUACUGUGUGUGUGUGUGUGUGUGUGUGUGUAUUCCAGAGGUCGAAGUGGGUCUGUGUAAAUAAGUAUAGAUGUAUAGAUGUAGUCUAGUGGAUUUAUCUUUGAACACACAAGUGUGUGACGUAGUUUUCACUAAAACCCUAAAAUGUAACAUUGAGGUUUAAAAAAAUAUAUUUUUUUGUCUUUGAACUUGGAACUAAGACGCGACGAGUGAAAAGCCAAAGUUCAGGUUGUUUAUCGAUUGUCGUCGAAAGAGAUCAACGUUUCUACGCAGCCACUGCGAUAACUGCCAGACGCUGAAUUACCACAACAAAUUCAAAUAUAGCUCAUUUUCAUUUCAAGCUUUAACAGAAACGAGAUUUCUGUGUAUGCAC